AUGCAAACGGCCACUAUUACCAUCUACAUGCUUGUUUAUGUAGAUGAUAUCGUCAUUAUUGGGUCGUCUCCUAUAGCUAUUGAUCACCUCAUUCACACACCGUCUUCUUCCUUUCCUAUAAAAGAUCUAGGUCAUCUAGCUUAUUUCUUGGGAUCAGUGGGAAUAACUCUUGUGCAACACAAAUACGCCUCUGAUCUGCUUAAACGGGCUAAUAUGAUGAAUUGUAAAAGUAUUUCAACUCCCAUGUCAGUAACAGAUAAGCUUGCUCAAGAUCUUGGUAGACCUCUCAGUGACGAAGAUGAUUUUAAAUAUAGAAGUUUAGUGGGCGGUUUGGAAUAUCUUACGUUAACUAGGCCAGACAUUUCCUUCCCUGUUAAUAUAGUUUGUCAAUAUUUGUCUAAACCCACUACAGUACAUUUGGAGGCUGUGAAGAGAAUAUUACGAUACAUUAAAGGCACAUGA